UCCCGUGACUCACGUGACUAUCCCAUCUAGUCAGGAGAGGGCUGUGAUGGAUGUCGUUGGGCCAGUGUGCGAGAGCGGAGACUUCCUCGCCCACCGUUGCAUGCUUAGCCCAAGCCCUUCCUCCGGUGACGCUCUCGUGGUUUGGGCAACAGGGGCGUACUGUUCCUCCAUGGCUUCCAAUUAUAACUUGCGCCCGCGCGCCAUCGAGGUCAUCGUAAAGGCGCCCGACCUCUACACUGUCGUUAGGAGGCCAGAAAAUUUCGGAGAUCUCAUUUCGUGUUACAUGUAGAUGAUAUGAAUGGUAGACGCCAUUACAGCAGAACGAGGCAAGGCUAUUACUUAAUAGCCAAUAUAGAAACAGGCAUAUUAACUGUUAGGCCGCUUUGUGUCAUGUAUAUAUAAACAUAUAUGUAUAUAUAAACAUAUAUGUAUAUAUAUGUAUAUAUAUGCAUA